AUGGAGAAGGGAUACAGUACAGUCACCUUCGACGGGACGCCCAGCUACGGUCACACGCCCUCGCACCACGCGGCGCAGUUCCCCAACCACUCUUUCAAGCACGAGGACCCCAUGGGCCAGCAGGGCUCUCUGGGCGAGCAGCAGUACUCUGUGCCGCCCCCAGUCUAUGGCUGCCACACCCCUACCGAUAGCUGCACAGGCAGCCAGGCCCUGCUGCUGAGGACGCCCUACAGCAGUGACAAUUUAUACCAAAUGACCUCCCAGCUUGAAUGCAUGACCUGGAAUCAGAUGAACUUAGGAGCCACUUUAAAGGGAGUUGCUGCUGGGAGCUCCAGCUCAGUGAAAUGGACAGAAGGGCAGAGCAACCACGGCACAGGGUAUGAGAGUGAUAACCACACAACGCCCAUCCUCUGCGGCGCCCAGUACAGAAUACACACCCACGGCGUCUUCAGGGGCAUUCAGGAUGUGCGACGUGUGCCCGGAGUUGCCCCGACUCUUGUCCGGUCAGCAUCUGAGACCAGUGAGAAACGCCCCUUCAUGUGUGCUUACCCGGGCUGCAAUAAGAGAUAUUUUAAGCUGUCACACUUACAGAUGCAUAGCCGGAAGCACACUGGUGAGAAACCAUACCAGUGUGACUUCAAGGACUGUGAACGAAGGUUUUCUCGUUCAGACCAGCUCAAAAGACACCAAAGAAGACACACAGGUGUGAAACCAUUCCAGUGUAAAACUUGUCAGCGAAAGUUCUCCCGGUCUGACCACCUGAAGACCCACACCAGGACUCAUACAGGUGAAAAGCCCUUCAGCUGUCGGUGGCCCAGUUGUCAGAAAAAGUUUGCCCGCUCAGAUGAAUUAGUCCGCCAUCACAACAUGCACCAGAGAAACAUGACCAAACUCCAGCUGGCGCUCUGA